UGUGGAGGAGAAAACCUCGGUGUUGUCGCUGUCAUGGCUGCCGGCGGUAACAGCUUCAUCCGCGUGCGUUUAUACUUUGACUAUCCGCCGCCCGCUGUCAUCGACUGUCGCAUGUGCUGGCUGCUCGUGGACCUGAACAAGUGUCGCGUGGUGGCGGAUCUGGAGAGUAUCAUCAAAGAGAAGUUUGAGUACGGUCCCAGGAGCAUCCUCAACCUCUUCAUCGAAGACUGCUACCUGCCGCACACAGAGUGCAUCUAUGUGGUGCGCGACAACGACAGCGUCAGGGUGAAGGUGGACUUUGUGGCUCAGGUGAACGGGCACAGCAGCUGUCCAGAUGCGUCAAGUAAAAGCUGCAGAAAGAGACAGAGACCCACAGAGGAGGAGGAGGAGGAGGAGGAGGAGGAUGGGCCGGGAGGAAAUGGAGUGAGCGUGAAAUGGAAGGAAAAAAAGAGGAAAAAAAGGAGCAAGGAGAGCCUGGAGGGGGCCACCAAGCAGGCUUCAGGCGAUGAGAGGAAAAAGAAGUCGCAAGGAAAACGCACAGAGAAGAAGAGGAAGAAGAAGAAGAAGACAGAGGAGAAAAUCCCUGCUGCCACCCUUAAACCAGCUGCGUCUGCCAAAAAACCCCCAGCUAGUGUCAGUCAGCCUGUUAAAAACACUAAGAAGCCCCCAGCAGCACAGGCAAAAACUCCCAGUGUCUCCUCCUCAGAUUCCAGUAGUAGUGAGGAAGAUGCAGCUCCCAAAAAGCCAAGUGCCCUGAAAGCAGCCCCCAAAACACCCUUGACCACCUCUGCUUCCAAACCACCUCCAAACACCAAACCCACCCAGACAAAAUCACACCCUACGUCAUCCUCCUCCUCAGAAACGGACUCCUCCUCUGAUGAGGCCCCCAGCGUAAAAACCACAGCACAAAGCAACCCUUUAUCCUCCACGGCUCCGAAAAGUAGAAUAAACAAUAACUCAAAACCUCUUCAGGCUCCUUCUGCUCUGCCGUCCACAAACUGUGCACAGAAACAGGCUCCCAGCAUAACCGUGGCUCCUGGCGACAAAGCUGCGGGGCCCUGUGACUCAGACAGGGAGGAAGAGGAGAUCGAGCUGGUUAUCCAAAAGCCGGUGCAGCCGCCGGGGUGGGGUGUGGGCGGUCGGCCAUCCUGGAGAGGAUGCAGCCGGGGAAGAGCCAGGCGUGGUGGUCCUGGAGAUAGGAGAGGAGGUGAAGGGAAAGGGCUCGUCGGAGGGCAGGCCGACAGCUGUGAGUUCAGCUGUAACGGGGCGAAGGAGCCAUGCUACCAGACUGAUUCACUGACCAACAUGUCAGUGGUCUUACAGAAUGGAGCAGAAAGUGCCCCCAAACAGGACUACAGCUCUAUGCCCCUGCUAGCUGCCCCUCCACAGGUGGGGCAGAAGAUUGCCUUCAAGCUGCUGGAGCUAUCUGAGAGCUAUACGCCGGAGAUAUCAGAAUAUAAGGAGGGAAGGAUUAUGAGCUUUGACCCAACAACCAAACAGAUUGAGCUGGAACUGUUUCACGCCUCCCAAGCCCCUGUAGAGCCUGGGAAGUUUGACCUGGUCUAUCAGAACCCUGAUGGCUCAGAGACAGUCGAGUACGCUGUGUCCAGAGCUGCGUGGGUGACAGAACGGUGGGACUCCCUGCUGGAACCAAGGCUGAUCAUUUAAAUCUGACUAAACAGUGAAUUUGUACUUUGUAUAUUGAAUCUGUGAGUUUGACAGGGAGUCACUCCAUCACGUGGCAUAUGACAGCUGAAUGGUAUGAAAAUGGAGGAGAUAUGAUUAUGGUUCAUUAUAUUCUCUUCUCUGUGCUUUUAACUAAGGCAACGCUUUGCACAGAAGAGCUACUGCAUAGCAAAGUGCAGUGUUUUAAGAACUGAUUUUUUUUUAAAUAUAGGAAAACCUGUUAUUUUAAUACAUGGGUGAAAUAGAAUUGUCUCCAGGACUGGGACAUUGUACAGUGGUGUGACUGUGGACAUCAGUCUUGUAUAAACUGUUUUCUAAUAAAAAAAAAUAAAAAAAAAGCAUUGUCUUUCUUGGGUAAAUGCUUAUUGUAUUAUUCCAAUGUGGAAAUGUUCGGUUUUCUGGAAGCCCAUUUCUGCUGAGAAAAG